UUUAUGGUCAGAGAGUAGAGUAGCGCCAGUUUAAUUUAUGUUGCGUUACUAGUAAGUUGUGUGAUAAUUUUGAUGAGGUCCAAAAGUUAAUUUGUGUUUGUGCUAAGUAGAUACGGGACAGAUAAAAGUGGCCUUGAACGUGUACAAAUUAAGUUUUUAGCGGGACACUCCUUGCAAAAUGUCGGAAAAUACUCAGGAUAUUCUAAAAGAAGCAGCGGCCGCAGCUGCCCUCGGUGGUUCACUGUUUAGUACUUUCGACAUAAUCAUGCUUGUCAUCUUAUUUGGUGCAGCUGUAUGGUGGCUUUAUAGUUCAAGAAAAGAAAGUAAAAAGGACGACUUAUUGCUCAGCAAUUAUGCUAUUCAGCCAGCAGGAUCUAUACAAGUAACUGAAAAUUCAUUUAUAAAAAAAUUACAAUCUUCGGGAAGGAGUCUCGUUGUAUUUUAUGGUUCCCAAACAGGAACCGGAGAAGAAUUUGCAGGGCGUUUAGCCAAAGAGGGUAUACGAUACAAAAUGAAAGGCAUGGUCGCCGAUCCAGAAGAAUGUGAUAUGGAAGAGCUUACUAAACUUAAGGAUAUACCAAAUUCACUAGCAGUAUUUUGUUUAGCUACGUAUGGUGAAGGAGAUCCAACAGAUAACGCUAUGGAUUUUAUCGAAUGGUUAAAAAAUGAACAGGACUUAACUGGAUUAAAUUACGCUGUGUUUGGACUCGGAAAUAAAACUUAUGAGCAUUACAAUGCAGUGGCUAUCUAUGUGGACAAACGCCUUGAAGAGUUGGGAGCCACAAGAGUGUAUGAGCUGGGAUUGGGAGACGACGAUGCUAACAUUGAAGAUGACUUUAUAACAUGGAAAGAUAAGUUUUGGCCAUCAGUUUGUGAAAAAUACAACAUUGAGAGCACAGGAGAAGAAGAACUGACUCGGCAGUUCCGUUUAGUGACUCAUGCUCCUGAGGAGUUCAAACCACAUGAGAUAUUCACUGGGGAGAUUGCUAGACUACAUUCCUUGCAGAAUCAACGCCCGCCUUACGAUGCCAAGAAUCCAUUCCUUGCACAAAUCGUAGUGAACAGAGAACUCCACAAAGGUGGUGAUAGAUCAUGUCUACAUGUGGAAUUAAAUAUUGCAGGCUCCAAUAUGAGAUAUGAAGCAGGUGAUCAUGUGGCUGUGUAUCCCAUAAAUGAUAAUAAUUUGGUUGACCGCCUGGGUGAGUUGACGGGCGCUGAUCUUGAUGAAGUGUUUUCCCUCAUCAAUACUGAUCAAGAGAGCACAAAGAAACAUCCAUUCCCAUGCCCCACAUCUUAUAGGACAGCGUUGUCUCAUUAUGUGGAAAUCACAGCCAUGCCAAGAACUCACAUUUUGAGAGAGCUUGUCGAGUAUUGUUCAGAUGAAGAGGAUAAAAAGAAACUACUGCUCAUGGCCACAAAUUCUCAAGAAGGCAAAGCAUUGUACCAGUCAUUUGUGGUUGAUGCCUGUAGGAAUGUUGUCCAUAUUUUGGAAGAUAUCAAAUCAUGUAAACCACCAUUGGACCAUCUAUGUGAGCUGUUGCCUCGUCUUCAGCCAAGAUACUAUUCCAUUUCAUCAAGUCCUAAGCUGUAUCCUGAGACAAUCCACGUGACAGCUGUAGUAGUAAAGUACAAGACUCCCACUGGACGCGUGAAUAAGGGAGUCACCACCACUUGGCUAGCAGAGAACAAGCCGGAGCCAGACAAGCCUUUCCCACGAGUACCUGUUUAUGUUAGAAAGUCUCAGUUCAGAUUGCCGAUGCAGACUCAAACGCCGAUUCUGAUGGUGGGUCCUGGCACGGGGCUGGCGCCGUUCCGCGGCUUCCUGCAGGAGCGAGCGCACGCACGGGCUCAGGGCCGCCCCGUCGGCGACACCGUGUUGUACUUUGGCUGCAGGCAUCGCGACCAAGACUUCAUCUACCAGGAGGAAUUAGAAGAGUUUGAGAAAAACGGCGAUGUUACACUGCAUCUUGCCUUCUCCCGCGAUCAACCGCAAAAAAUUUACGUGACGCACUUAUUAGAGAAGAAUUUAGAACAGAUUUGGGAUAUUAUUGGGAAGAGGAAUGGACAUUUCUAUAUAUGCGGGGACGCUAAAAAUAUGGCUGUGGAUGUCCGUAACAUAGUAAUUAAAGCUGUCCAAGAGAUAGGCGGCCGCUCGGAAACAGAAGCUGUACAAUUCCUCAAGAAAUUGGAGUCCAUGAAGAAAUAUUCCGCUGAUGUUUGGAGUUAAGGUUUAUAUUUGUGUGACCGGUAUGAGAUCCUAGUAAAAUUGAACAAAGCAGUUAAAUGUUAUUAUAUAAAAGAUGGAUAUAGUUAAUUUCUAAGAUAAAGUCUGUCUAGUGAAGCUGAUAGUGAGAAAUGGCGGAUUUAACAAAUUAGGUCAUUAUUCUCUAUGACUCGGAAUAAACGUAUUUGAUAGUUUAUAUAUUUCUUUAAAUUUUGACUGUGUAAGCAUGUAUGCUGAUUACUUAACAUAAUUUAUUAUAUGCAUUGAUUCUGCUUUCUGCUACGAAGGUUCACAUCAGAAAACAUUUUAAACUGGACUAUAUGCUUUAAAAAAAGUAAAUAAAUCUAAUAUCAAAACCAGGUGAGUUUAUAAAACACGUUGUGAUAUUUUGCCGUAGUGUUGCAGGUUUCUGCAAACACUAAAAGUUCACUCUCAGCUUUCGUUAGACAGAAGGGUUGCCCCAAAUAAAGGGCUAGUCACAUAGCAUUCCGUGAUGGGGGCGUGCUUUUGAUUCUUAUGGCAGUAUCUACAUCAGUACGUCAGAGACCGCCGCCGAUUAAAAUUAAGCUGACGUAUAAAGGGCAAACGCCAAAAC